AUGUCGAUUCAGAUGACACCCUUUGUGGCAUUGUAUGGAUAUGAGGCACCCAGUUUUCUAGUUUUACUGUUGAGCAACAGUAGAGUGCCUAGUGCUGGUGAUUUACUACAGGAGAGUCGAGACAUUAUGAAGGUUCUCAAGGAGAAUAUUGUGAAAGCACAGAACCAGCAAAAGCAAUAUGCUAAUCAUAAGAGGACUAAGAGAUCAUUCAAGGUUGGAGAUAUGGUAAUUAUUAGACAAGUAGGUGAGGUGUCUUACGAGCUUGAACUACUAGCGGAUAGCAGAGUACAUAAUGUUUUUCAUGUAUCACGCCUCAAGAAGGCGUUGGCCCAUCGAUUUGUUCCUUAUGCAGUAUUGCCACCCCUAGAUAAUGAGGGGAAAUUGAUUCUGAUACCUAAGUCUAUAUUGGAUGUCAGGGAGAGACAGCUACGAAGAUGGGUUAUCAGAGAAUACUUGAUUAAAUGGAAAUAUUUAUUGGUAGAACAUGCUACAUGGAAGAGUGAAGAAUUUUUAUAG